AUGGCACGCUUCCAGGAAUACCAGAUUAUCGGCCGCCAUCUGCCUUCAGAGGCCAACCCCGCGCCCAAGAUCUACCGCAUGCGCAUCUUUGCGCCCAACGAGGUUGUCGCCAAGUCACGGUUCUGGUACUUCCUUGGCAAGCUCCGCAAGAUCAAGAAGGCCAACGGUGAGAUCGUCUCCGUAAACCAGAUCCACGAGAAGAAGCCCCAGAAGGUCAAGAACUUCGGUAUCUGGCUCAAGUACGACUCGCGCUCCGGCACCCACAACAUGUACAAGGAGUACCGCGAGAUGUCCCGCGUCGCCGCCGUCGAUGCCCUCUACCAGGACAUGGCCGCCCGUCACCGAUCGCGUUUCAGGCAGGUUCAGAUUCUCAAGGUCGUUGAGGUCGAGAAGGCCGACGACAUCCGCCGACCAUACAUUAAGCAGCUCCUCACCAAGAACCUCAAGUUCCCGCUGCCCCACCGCAUCAACAAGAAGGCUGGCAAGAAGGUCUUCUCCGCUACCCGACCUUCCACUUUCUUCUAA